AUGCCUCCCCCAGUCCUUAAAGGAGCCAGCGACAGCAUCCCCACGGCCACCUCUCGGCUGCAGAAGCAGUUUGAGGAGGCUCAGCAGCAACAGAACCUGCAGCAGAAGGCUCUCAUCAGAUUGGCGAAGACUCUGGACAGCUGGGUUGAGGAGGAGAAGCAGCCAGUCAGUCAGAACUUUGCCCGAAUCUUCUGUGAGAAGUUUGUCAAAAAGACAGCGGCGAGGGAGCCGACUACCUGGGCGGGUGUUGCUCAGAGGGGGAAAAACUCUGCCCUCCCUGGGGUUGCCCCUGCCAAGACUGCGGCUUCCUCGGCAGGCAGGGCUAGUGGAGCUAGCCUGCAGCCCAAAAGCGCCAGUCAGCCAGGGGGCCCCACAGGGGGCACAAAACCGCAGGAGGACCCACGAGUCCUCGUCACCCUCCAGCCAGGGAAACGGGUCGCCCGGCUACAGCCAUAUGCUGUGCGGCAGGCAAUCGCUGCAAACAUUCAGGGGGUGGGGGAUGUGGCCAAUGUGCCGAAGGUGGAGCCCACCAGGACAGGUUGGGCGAUCACACCAAGCAACAGAGGCAUACGCGAUGCUCUGACCACUGAGAAGGCAGUGGCUACUCUCUGUGAAGUCCUUGGCGCCACGGAGAUCCGGCUACCAGAGCGGUGGUACAAUUAUGCUGUCCCAGGGGUCCCAGAAUUUGUCCAGGACUGGGAAGGGGCAAGAAUCCCCACAGACAAGAUGAUUGAGGGAGAGGUUCUGGCUCAGGCAAAGGUAAAGCCAGUGAGCUGUCGACCCUCGCGUCAUGGGGUGAACCCCAAGACAGGGAAGAUUACAUGGAUUGUCUCCUUCCUUGCCCCGGUAAAGGGCUUCUCACUCUUCAAUGCCAGUGAGAGGGCCAGGCUGAUUGAGAAACGGCCUUUGACAGUGAGACAUAACCCAGGAUGCCAGGGGUUCUGCCACCCACCAAAGUGUGCGCGACUGGCAAGAUGCUCCAACUGCAGUGAGCCCACAAGCCAGCAUGAGGGGCCAACAGGCGCGGAGUGCAAGAGAGCGCCAAGAUGUGCCAACUGCUGCCAACCCUACCCAGCUGGGCAUCAGCACUGCCCUGCCGCACCCAGGCGCGUGAAUGGCACCCUCAGGCGCCUAACUCAAAAAGAGCUAGCAGCUGUUCGCCGCCUUGGCGACAGGUGCCACAGGGAUGCUCAGGAGCGGCAACCGCCGCCAGCACAGCCAGCACCAAUGGUCGCAGUGGUGGUGCCUACACCAACUGCUCAGUCAACCCAGUCAACACAGCCCGCUGGGCUAGCACCCCGCAAGCGGGCGGCGACUCAGAGUUCCAUCAACCGCUGGGAUGACACUAACCCGGAGCAGCGAGAGGAGGAGAGGCCCCGGGUCAUGACAUAUGUACGCAAGGGCUCAAAGACAAGGGCACAGCAACACCGGUCUGUACAAAGCAGGGAUCUGCUAUGGGUCAGCGUAAAUGGCUGCCACAUUCUCAAUGUGUACAGCCAGCCUGGGACAGACGCAGUCAUGGACUAUCUGACCAAUCUGAGCCCACCAGCCCGCUGUCUGAUAGGUGGGGAUAUCAACGUACGGCAUGAUGCCUUUGAACCAGGGGCAGUGAAUCUGCACCGGGGCGGGGAGCUUGUCCAAUGGGCCAGUGAACAUGGGAUGGACUUUGUGGGAGAGAUAGGGGUUCCGACUCAUGCAGCAGGUCAUGUGAUUGAUCUCACCUUCUCCAAUGUGGCCUUUGCUUCCACUACAGUGCGUCAAGAUCUACACUGCGGCUCAGAUCACCAGUCUAUGAUCACUAUGCUGCCAACAACACCUCAAACACAGCUGAGUGAUGCUCGGAUCAAGAUCACAGACUCUCAGCUGGAGCCCUUUGCAGAUCUUGUCAGAGGUCUCAUGGUGGACAUGCCUUGCCCAGAGAGGGUUGGAAAUGUGGCACAGCUUGAUGAUCUGGCCCAGCACUUCACUCAGAGUCUUCUGGCUGCAGCUCAGGCAGUCAGUAAGCCAGCUCAACAAGGGCGGACCACAGCCCCCUGGUGGACAGCAGACUGCCGAAGAGCGCACCGAGAGCUCACUACUCACCAGACAGAGGCCGCGAAGCACCAGUUCAAGGAUGCAGUGCGCAAGGCCAAGCGUGCAUACUGGAGGCAGGUGAUCAAUGAGGCCAGAGAUGGUAGAGACCUGUACCGGGUGGUGGCAUGGCAUAAGCUGGAACCCAACCUCAGAGCACCCCCUCUGGUGAUUGGGGAUCAGGUCAUAGAAGAGACAGCCGCCAAAGCUGAGGCACUUCAACAGGCAAUUCUGAAGCGAUACAACUCAGCUGAUGAUCUGGAGUAUGACCCACUGGAUGAUGAGCACUGGAGCGGCAUGGGGAACCUGCCCUGGAACCCCCGGAUUGAGAUGGAGGAGAUGGAGCGCAACACCAUUGGGGUACAGAGCACCUCCCCAGGCACGGAUGGAAUCACAGUGCGGAUGCUCAAAGCAUGCUGGCAGCAUGUGUCCCUCUUUAUACAGCAGCUAUACAACUGCUGCCUCCGGCUCUGCCACUUCCCACGAGCCUGGAAACUGGCAGAGGUGGCAAUGAUACCCAAGGUGGGUAAGAGAGAUAGAAGCUCAGUCCGCUCCUGGAGGCCCAUUGCCCUGCUUUCAGUAAUCUCCAAAGGGCUGGAACGCAUCAUUGCAAGGCGACUGGCGUACACGGCACUCAUUCACGGCAUAGUCAGCCCACAGCAUGGGGGGGCGCUGCCCAGACGAUCUGCAAUGGACCUGGUAGCUGCUUUCACUCAUGAGGUGGAGGCAGCCUUCGCACAAAACAAAGAAGUGUCCAUGGUCACAAUGGAUGUGCAGGGUGCCUUUGAUGCUGUGCUGCGCAGGCGGCUGCUUCAGCGGAUGGCGCAGCAGGGGUGGCCACGCGAGCUGCUGCAGCUCAUUGACAGUUUCCUCACUGAACGCAGAGCUCAGGUCCGGCUGGAGGGGACCACCACAGCAGCACAUCAGAUGCAAUGUGGCACGCCACAGGGGUCUCCUUUGUCACCAAUACUGUUCCUUCUGUACCUGGCAGAGCUGCUGUGGCAAAACUCGGAGUUGCGCUUUGGCUAUGCGGAUGAUCUGAACAUCUGGCGGGCGACCCACUCACUUGACAACAAUGCCACCCUUCUCAGACAGGAUAUACAGAGUAUUCUGAGGUGGGGGGAGAUAAACAAGGUGGCCUUCGCACCAGAGAAACUUGAGAUGAUCCAUCUUACAAGAAAACGACACAAUGAGGCACCAGCAGUAGUUGUGUCUGAGGACCUCACUGUUCACCCUGUUACUGCCCCAGCUGGACAGGAGCCAGCACUUCGCUGGCUGGGUGUACACUUCGACAGAAGGCUCACCUGGAGACCACAUGUCUCCACCCGGGCAAAGAAGGCAAGGGCCGUAGCCCAGCACAUCCGGAGUCUGGGAAAGACCAGAGACGGGCCCCCAGCAGACGCUCUGCGGAAGGCGGUCACCACCUGCGUGGUUCCCUCAUUGCUCUAUGGCACAGAGGCCUGGUACGGCGGCCGCACGCAGCCAGCAAGGCACACGGGCAGGAGUGGGGAGGUGAGCUAUGGCUUCAUAGUCUAUCAGGGACAUAAACAGCUGGCCAGCUUCUCAGCUGCGCUGAGCCCUAUGUCACAUGUCUUCGACGCUGAGGCAGUUGGUGCCUGCCGGGCAUUAGAGUGCACUGUGAAGCUCCUACCUUGUGUCACAGAGGACGGCAGCAACCCUCAGAUCUGGCUCUGCCUCGACAACACCUCAGUCAUCUGGGGCAUACGGGGCAGUGCAGCAGCCUCCUCAAACUGGGCCUACAACCGCUGCCAUGAGCUCCUCAGACAGCACAAUGUCGGCCUGAAGUGGGCUCCUGGGCAUAUGGGGAUAGAGGGCAAUGAGGAAGCAGACCGCUUGGCUAAGCAGGCAGUCUCAUCCACUGCAGCCCCAGCCUAUGGUCUCGAGGCCACACCCACAGUCAGUGGGGUCCGCACAGUGGCCAAGCAGCUCAGCCAAGAGGCAAGGCGAAAGUGGUGGAGUGGAGCCUGUGGCAAGCUCUCUGACUGGUACCGGGGCUGGAGUUUCAGCAGGCCGACUGUGGAAUACCAAGUGAAGGCCCCUCCGGAGCUCACCAUGCCACGGCAUGCCCUUCACCGCUGGCUCGCACUCCGCUCCUCUCAUGGGGACUUCUCCUGGUACCACAGGCGUUUCCAGCAUGCAGAUGCGAGGCUCACCUGUGUCUGUGGACACAACAAGAGCCCAGAACAUUUGGUGCUCUGUCGACACUCACAGAGGCACUUUCUUCACUGGCCCAAGAGGCCAGCAGCACGGCCACACAACCGGGAGACAGCUGUUGCCUAUCUAGGGUCUCUGACCCCUACAGACUUUGUAGAACUGCUGGACUGCACGCAGUUCUACACACGGUACUGCACAAGCAGUUCCACGAGGCCAGCCUGCUGA